AUGCAGCCGGUCACUCCUUCUAAUUAUGGCUGGGCCACCUCCGCUGUCCCUGAUCCUGCGUCCUACGUGCCGGAUCUUCCACCGCCGCCACAGCAGGUCCUGCCGAUUGCCGGCAACAUGCCACCCGACACCCCUGCUGCCGCUGCUGAUGCGUACUACGUGCCGCUUCUUCCACCGGCGCCACAGCAGGACCUGCCGAUUGCCGGCAACAUGCCACCCGACUCCCCUGCUGCCCCCGGUUAUGCGUACUACGUACAGGAUCUGCCACCGCCGUCACAGCAGGUCCUGCCGAUUGCCGGCAACAUGCCACCCGACACCCCUGCUGCCCCUGCUGAUGCGUACUACGAGCCGCUUCUUCCACCGCCGCCACAGCUGGCCCUGCCGAUUGCCGGCAACAUGCCACCCGACACACCCGUGGCAACGGCGCCGCGUGCUGAUUUUUAUCUAAUGCCAGCGGUAGCUGGGCCAAACCUGCCUCAGCCAAUAACGCCACAGCCCCAGCCACCUCCUCUACCACCACCGCCACUGCUGAACUAUCAAGAACCUGAAGGAAAUGACAUCGAGCACUAUGACAACCACUACGACAAGCACUACGACCAGCACUACGACCAGCACUACGACAAGCACUACGACAAGCACUACGACAAGCACUACGACAACGACCAGUAA